UAAUUAAUAUUCAUGAGCAGUUCCUUGCCAUAGUAGGAUUCGUAAUUUCUCCAGCCGGUAGCGUACUAGCGUCAAAGACAAAACGGACUUCAAAACACAAAUAAUGUCUUACACAUCCUUACAGGGUUUUUCAGUGCUGAAAAAUAUCUAGAUUAUAUCAGAGCAUAACCAUGGAUGAGGAGGACAGCCAGGAUGAGCUGAUCAACAGGAAUGUCUCCCAUGGAAAAGGAAAAAGACCUGCCAUGCCCAUCAUCUCUGAUGACGAGGACGACUCAGAAGAUGAGAGGGAAUCAGAGGAAGGAGAAACAGGCAGUGAGGAAGAUGAUGAUGAUGAUGAAGUGGAGGAUGUCCUUGAUGGAGAGGAGGAGGAGGAGGAAGAUGAUGAGGGUGAAAGUGAAAAUGAGGACUCUGGCAACGUCCUGGAAGGAGCUACAGGGAAUGUUCCUGUGGAUGCAGCAGGCCUGAGCUCAGAUGAGGACUCUGAGAAAUGUCCCAUCUGCCUGAACUCAUUCCACGAGCAGCCCGUGGCCACACCGGAGUCUUGCGAACACUACUUCUGCCUGGACUGCAUUCUGGAAUGGUCAAAGAAUGCCAACUCCUGUCCUGUUGACCGAAUAGUCUUUAAUAACAUUCUCCUGAGAAAGUGCCAUGGUGGGAAAGUUCAAAAAGCAAUUGCAGUUAAGAAGCCUGUAAAACCUGGGGAGGAACAGGUGAAUGUGGACCUGGAUCAGACCAGCUGUGAGGUUUGCGGGGGUCGAGACCGUGAAGAUCGCCUCCUGCUGUGUGAUGGCUGUGAUGCUGGGUACCACAUGGAAUGUCUCACACCGCCUUUGGAUGCUGUACCUGUAGAGGAAUGGUUCUGCCCAGAGUGCAUCGCCAGCAACCGCACAUCAGGUUCUGAACAAAUUAGUGAGGAGGAGAGCAGCUCUCUCCCCACCACCAGCCGUUCCCGGUCAAGACCAACCCGAGCUAUCGCACGGACCCAGCAGAGUGAACGAGUUCGGGCCAACGUCAACAGACAUCGUAUCACACAGGCACGCACAGCAGCACAGCUUGCUCCCAGAUAUAUGAUGCAGUCCACAUGGUUGGAUGAGACCAUCAAUGCUGUAGUGGCCGGACUCAACACAGCCGUGUAUGUGCGAGACUUGACCCCUCGCCCCAGACCCCGCCGGAGGAGAAAGACAGUUAAAAGAAGGAAAACCAAAAGCAAAUCCUCGGCAAUCUCAGAGGGGAAAACAACAAAAAGCAUGGGAGUGAGGAGGAGACGGAAACGCAAAGUGAGGAAGUCAAAAUUAAGAAGAAAACUGGUCAAAAAGAAGGAAACUAAUUCCAGAGGUCGUAUUGCAAGGAAUUUAGGGAUUAAGAAGCCCAAGCCUGGUUCCAUCAUUCCCUCAGUUUAUAGGCCUUCAGAGUACAGUUUAGGAAGUAUGCGGGCAGAAAUUGGUGCAGCCUCCCUCUCUGUUUACGGAGAUCCCUUUGACCUAGACCCCUUUGACGAUAGGGAGGAUGAGAUUCAAGUUCCAACACCAUCCUCUGUUCUGGAUGCCAAACGCCGUGGCCUCUCCCGUUCUGCCUUGCGGUCCCAUCAGCCUGUGGCUAGACCCAUAUCUGCCGGCCUCUCCAGGCAAGGUGUGAGUAUCCCACAGGUGGAAGCCCCUGUACCAGACCUGCUGGGGAGUAUUCUCAGUGGUCAGAGCAUGCUCCUCAUGGACAGCUCUGAUGUGGUCAUCAACAGAGAUGGUUCCCUCAAAGCAACCAAACCUGUGUCCCUGUCCUUGCCAAGGAACACUACCCCUAGAGAAUCAAGCUCAGGGGAAACGGCAAACACGCCAAACUCAGAAACAAGUCCCAUCCACCCCUUUGAACAGGCUGGUCCUUCCUCUAGCCCGUUGAGGAGGCCCACACCAGUACACAAUUCUCAUGGGUCCUGUUCCACACCACAGAAUCCCACAUCUCCACCCAUACACUCUCCACAUCUUCCUCACUCUCACCCAUCUCCUUUGGGACAUCCCCAUCUGCAUCCAGGUGCUCUUCACAGGCCCAUCACCCUAAAUCCACCAAGACCUGGAAAUGGUCACUUGAGCACUAAUGGGAUUAGAGGUCAACCCCCCUCAAGGGUGUCAAAUAGCCCUUCUGACUCUCCCCAUCAAGACAAGGAGGGUACUCCCCGACAACCGCCUGUGAGAAAGCCCCCUCCAAAGCCUGUAUGGGUGGAUGUUUCUGUAUUGCCAAGGAUACCAAAAAUUAAAAGGGACAGUACCUCCAGUGCAAAUAGUAGCAGUGACAGCAGUAACAGUACUUUGCCUGGGUCUUCAGCGACCAGCUUAGCAGGCAAUACAGGUAGGGAACGUACCGUUGACCAGCAAGGAAUGGGUACAAGUCAGCAAAACAGGACAGCGGAUGCUCAGAGGCAAAGAGCAGACCGAACUGGUGCUUCUUCAUUUUCUAGCUCUUUCACCUCCACUACAUCUUCUUUCAGUGCCUCUGCAAACUCACGCCCGUCCUCCUCCUCCUCCGUCAGUUUCCGUAUAAACUCUAGCGGAAACCCAUGGCAAGCUCGGCGACUUCCUGCAUCAGGAGGGACUCUGACUGGGAAUGAUGAGGAAUCAUUAAAAAAGAGUAAUAAAAGUAAACAGAUACUGUUGUCAUUAAGAAGAAAAGUCAAAGAGGAGAAGUGUGAGGUCUAUGACCCCUUUAACCCUACAGGGUCUGAUUCAUCUGAUAAUGAACCAGAAGGUGAGGGUCUUGAUGCUAGCACUCAAAAUACUGAGUCUCGGGUGGCAGUUGGAGUCAAUGAGGUUGCCUGUCAUCAAAUCAAGUCUGAGCCUUUGAGUGAGGACUCCGAUAUGGAGAGAGACUUGGAAAUGUGUGCAGAAAUUAAAACAGAACCAGAUCCUUGCAGAGACAAACCGUGCAAACAAUCACCACAUCAUUCAGAUGCAAUCGACAGUCAGGCUACCUCAGGAGCUUCUAUAAAUUCUACUAUAUGCGAAGCUAGCAUAGAUCCUGAAAGUCGUGAAACACCAGAAAGUCCGUUUCGGAAAACUCAGGAGCACUCCAGAUCGAGCUCGUCAUGCAGUGACAGAAACGUUAAGUUGGAGGUGAAGUCUGAGCCUGAGGCUGAACCUCCUGUCAGGCUCCAAUCAAAGUCCCUUGAAGAGUCUCUAGCAAAUCUACAACAAACUUCCAAAGGAAAUGGGGUGUGUAAAGAGCUACCUUCAGUCAGUGGUGCCUUUAACGCUACUAACAUAACGGAAAGACCUCACAAGUCCCAGUGCAAGGAUAGGAAGCGGUCACCAUCAACCUCGCAAAGCCUUUCAUCUAAAGACUCCCAUAAAAAGAAGCACUCAAGGUCAAAAGAAAAGAGGAGGUCACGCUCAAGAUCAAGAGACCGGCGGCGAUCCCGUUCAAAAUCAAAAGAGAGGCGGCGCUCAAGAUCGAAAGAGAGGAGACGUCCACGGUCAAGAGACAGGAGGUGUUCCUCGAGUUCCAGCAGUAGAGAGAGGAAGACAAGUGGGAGAAGAGUGAGUCGUGAGAGGAAUGACAACCGAGGGAGAGAAAGACGAAAGAAGAGAUCAAAAGAAAGAAGGCGAUCUCGUUCGUUCUCUAGAUCUAGAUCCAGAGAAAGGAGGAGAACAUCAAAGGAUAGGGGUGAGAAUAGGUUAAAGAGACAAAAGUCAAGAUCAAGAUCAGCGUCUAGAGAGCGGAAAAGGCGAGAUGAUCGAUCAGAGACCUCUCGGCGUACAGAAAGGUGCUCCCGUAAGUCUGCAGAGCCCAUGUCUACUGAGUUACAUGAGCCAGCUGUUGGUUCAGUCAAGUCUACAACGACGAUGAAGACAGAGAAAGAGGCGAGAGCACAUGAAUAUGAGACUGCUUCACUUAAACCAUCAAUUAAACAAGAGACUCUGUUGGUUGACAUCACAACUUAUGGUCUUGGGUCAUCAAGACAUGGUGACCAGACUAGAGCAGUUAAAGAAAGCAAGGAAGAUGUUUCACAUGAGCUGCUUAAGCCCAAGAAAUUGAAACAAGAGGAACCUCGGCCCAUUAGUGCUGUCAAGGAGUUGAAAGAUUUCAAAAAGGAGGAGGAACUGGGUCUCAACUUGUAUGGAGAAUUAGAUGGUGACAUCACAACUCCUGGUCUUGAGUCAUCAAAACAUGGAGACCAGUCUAGAACAGUUAAAGAAAGCAAGGAAAAUGUUUCACUUGAGCUGCUUAAGCCCAAAAAAUUGAAACAAGAGGAACCUCGGCCCAUUAGUGCUGUGAAGGAGUUGGAAGAUUUGAAAAAGGAGGAGGAAGUCGGUCUUAACUUGUAUGGAGAAUUAGAUGGUGACAUCACAACUCCUGGUCUUGGGUCAUCAAAACAAGGUGACCAGACUAGAACAGUUAAAGAAAGCAGGGAAGAUGUUUUGCUUGAGCUGCUUAAGCCCAAACAGUUUAAACAAGAGGAACCUUGGCCCAUUAGUGCUGUCAAGGAGUUGAAAGAUUUCAAAAAGGAGGAGGAAGUCAGUCUUAACUGUGGAGAAUUUUAUAGUGUUAAACAGAUGAAAAAUGAAGAGAUGAUGUCUUUAAACAUCUUCAGCAAGGAAUCACUAAAUCUUAAUGAAAUGAAUUUGAACAGUGCUGAUUUAGAAAAGAGCCACGCUGGCUUUCAGGAUGAAAUGAAAUUACUAGAAAUUGUUGAGCCAAAAAAGGAAAAAAUCGAGCAAAUAUGGCCUGAUGAAGAUGAUUCACCAAGCUGCAGUGACAACCCUCUUGUCAUCAGUUUGGAUACACCUGACAUAGAUGCCGUGAACUGUAAAAAGGAGCCCACUGAGUCAUAUCAGUCACCACUUUUACAGGAGGACAUGGAGUUGUCCCCUCUCCAACCACCAGACCCCCCAAUAAAACAAGAACCUGUUAUGUCGUCCGAUGAAGAUAUUAGCGUUGACUACUUGAUUGAUAAUUUGGACUUCAUUAAGAAAGAAAUGAGUGAGAGCUCUGUGGCCGACUCAGCAGAAGACCCCAAGUCCACCACUUCAGAGCCUCCAACAGGGAAUAAGCAAACUACUGAAACAGUUACAGCUGGUGCGAAGUCUAAACCACAGGGGAAGCGAGUUACUUGGAAUUUGCAGGAACCAGUAGAACCCCAGUCUGAGAAAUUAAGCAAACUUGCACUCUUCAAACUAAAACUCAAGCAAGAAGGGUCGCGAAGGUCUGCUACAUCCCAACAAACCUCCAGUCAGGAUAAAGCUUCAUCUAAGGCUGAUACAAAACUCACAGCAACAGUCUCCAGCCUUCCUCCCCAAGAUGAAUCCAGCAAACCAAAAUCCCACAAAGAAGCUUUACAGGACCCCAAUCAGAAAGAUAAGUACAUGAAGAAACUUCAUAUGCAAGAGCGAGCAAUAGAGGAGGUCAAACUUGCAAUAAAGCCCUUUUAUCAGAAAAGAGAUAUCACAAAGGAAGAGUACAAAGAGAUUUUGCGUAAAGCCGUUCAGAAGGUGUGUCAUAGCAAGAGCGGUGAGAUCAACCCAGUGAAGGUAGUUAACCUGGUCAAAGCCUACGUGGAUAAGUAUAAACAUGCAAGAAAACACAAGAAAGAUGAAACUGGACAAAGUCAAAAUGCAGACGUCCCGAAAGACUUCCAAACUUCAUUGUGAGGUCAUGCAUCCUUUUCAGACCGUAUCAUUAGCAAUCAACUGUAGAUUUGAUUAUUUUUUAAUCUGCGCAUUUCUACAACGACAAAGAAAACUCAAAGGGCUCAAAUGUCUUGUUAUCAGUAAUCAAAUGAACAGUUUUGAAUGUUUGUAUGUUUUCUUUUUAAUGUAAAGAUCAUUUGAAAAUAUCUGGGUGUGUCCGAAUACAAGAUAUGUUAAAAAUCUUUACGUUGCCAUUGUUUAAAACGAGUCUUCAAGAGGGUGUUGUGUUUCUUUGCUAUUUUAAGCUUAUUCAACAGGAAGUGUAAGUUGCUAGACAGGCUCUUGCACUGUCAGACUGAAAUAUAAACACAUUUGUGUUAACUAAUGUAUCAAAUACACACACAAUAUUCUUGAACUUGGUAAACAUCAAAGUUCCAUCAUGAACAAUUGACAUAAUUUUUUUUUGGUAUAUGACGUACACGCAUAAAACCCUCUAGGACGUCCUGCGAUCUCUCAGAAAACUUAAAAAGAGCAUUUAUUUGAAUUUAAAAUAUUGUUCUGAUAUUUAGUCUUUAUGAGACUCUGAAAUCUAUUUGGCUGACUGAUUUCUUUAAAAUCUUUUUAAAGAGCCUCACCCUCAUCGAAUGGUUUUGUUGUAAAUAGAAAAACAAUACGGUCCUUUCGUGACACACGUGAACUGGCUACAAUGGAUCUUUUCUGUUCAGUUGAAAAGUGACUGUUUAGCAGAUUUCCUUUUAAAUCAUGUCAGAUGAAUGUGUUUGCCAGUUGUUUUUCCUGAUUGCCAUUGGCGUUUUUUUUUGUUUGUUUGUUUUUUUUUCUGUUAGUGAAUGACAGCUUUUACAAAUGACAUUCAGCCUCGAAAAUAACCAUUUCUUUUUGCAUUACUAAAGGUUCAAUGAAAAGUAUUGGUACAAAAAGUUGAUUGUAAACGGCUGAAAAGUGUAAUUCAAAAGGUUUUUCUGAACCCUUUUCAUUAAUUAUGUCAUUUUAAUUGCUUGAGAAAUGUAAGGUUUUUGAAUUGAUCUCAUGUAACUUCAGUUGCAGAACAUGUGGCCUGUUUUCCUGUGGCAAAUUACAGAGUUGCUCUGAGAGUUGAUUCUUUUCCUGACAGAGAGGAUUCUGUUCUCUUAACUGGAGUGAACUUUAACAUGUGAAUCCAAGCAGUCACAGAAUACAUGAUUCAUGAUGUAAAAUUGGUGCAUCCACUGUUUGUGUAAAUAAUUUUAUUAGAUUCUUUAUUUAAUAAAAAAAAAAAUCUCUUG